AUGGGGGUCAUCACCUACUCUCAAGAGUUCACAUCUGCUGUUGCUCCAUCGAGGAUGUUCAAGGCUUUGGUCCUUGAGUCGCACAACGUUAUUCCCAAGAUUGUCCCCGGGGGCAUUAAGAGCGUCGAGUUCAUUGAGGGAGAUGGUGGAGUUGGCAGCAUUAAGCAGACUAACUUCGGCGAAAGUGCCCAUAUCAAGUACACCAAGCACAAGAUCGAUGCUCUUGAUGCAGAGAACUUCUACUGCAAAUACACUUUGAUUGAAAGUGAUAUCAAGUUCGAAAAAAUCAACUUUGUCGUCUACGAGGUGAAAUUCAUUGCGUCGGACAACGGCGGAUGUGUUUGCAAGAUGACUAGUGAGUACAAUUCCAUUGACGGCACGGAGCUCAAGGAAGAUGAUAUCAAGCAGGGAAAGGACAAGGCUAUGGGGCUAUACAAGACCGUUGAGGAGUACCUUUUGGCAAAUCCUGAUGUUUGUGCUUAAAUGGCCCUUCCAAAAUUCUAUCGAGUGAUGUGAGUUAAGUGGUGGAAAUUUGUAUUAUGUUGUCUUUGUCCUUUCUCUUGCUCUAUU